CCGGUCAUCGCCUUCUGUAACACGGAUUCGCCGCUCCGUUACGUGGAUAUUGCCAUUCCCUGCAAUAAUAAGGCGCCCCACUCUAUUGGACUCAUGUGGUGGCUGUUGGCCCGGGAGGUGCUUCGCCUGCGCGGCUCAAUCACUCGCGAGACGCCCUGGAAUGUGAUGGUCGACCUCUACUUCUUCCGCGACGCCGAAGAGCAGGAGAAGGAGGAGCAGAUCGCUCUCGUGCCCGAACCACGCGUUAAGGCCGACACCACCGAUGCCUACAACGCCGACUGGAAUCCCGAGCCCGCGGCUGAACCGGAAGCGCCUGAAGUUGUGGCGCCGGCGGCUAUUGGAGGACAACAGGACUGGAAUAUAACGGCCCCCGCAGAGGACCAGUGGGCCACACCCGCCGCCGCCGCCGCCGUUGUUGACGACUGGGGCGCGCAGACCACUGACUGGACUACAUAG